AUGCAGCAAGAGCAUAUUCUUGACCAGACUGCCAAGAUAGAAUCUCACCGUGCCUCAUCUGCUACUGCCGUUGCAGUUGCUGCAUCUCUUCAACAACCCACCACCCUCACCACACUGGAUCCGUCCGUGCAUCGACCACUUCCCGGCGCAAGCCCUCCACGGUAUCGAAAGUCGUCACUGUCAGCCGCCGCUCAGGCGCGACUGCCACGAGUAUCGUCGUUGCUGCCGCCGCGACGUUCUGUAGCGGCUGCAGCAACGACAACAUCGACUUUGACCCCAGUGUAUUCGCCUGGUGAAGACCCCCCCCCAGACCACGAUUAUUACUCCCGCCCGAAUACGCUCCCGGUAACACCACCCAACGAGCCCGACUACGACAACAGGACAGAGCUAGGGGCUUCCAGUUCCAAAAUCGAGCUGCCGGUGCUAACUCUGCCACCUAUCCUACCUCUGGGCCCGCUCGACGAGCCACUUCAAGCCCGACCAUCAAGCUUGGAAGUUUUACCCGGCGGUGACGCGAGUGACGUUGAUAUCCUUGGAACCUCGCCAGCAAAACCCGAAUCCGCUUAUUCCUCUGACUCAUUGCCCAAAAUGCCAUACGAAACCAUCAGAGAGCCAUAUCCCCCUUCUACGCGUGGUCACUCGCGGAGUCGAAAUGGAAAGCGUAGCGUAGAUCUAGCCAAGCCUCGCACAGCAAAACCGCCGUCACAGAAGGCAAUGUUGUCACGGGCAUUGCAAAAGGCAAACAUGGCUGUCCAGCUGGACAAUGCGCAGAAUUUCGAAGGGGCCAGAGAAUCCUAUGCUGAAGCAUGCGAGCUUCUACAACACGUGCUACUCAAGACCACGGCGGACGAAGACAAGAACAAGUUAGAGGCGAUUCGACGAACAUAUGCUGGGCGUAUUGAGGAGUUAGAUCAAAUGGCCCCUUGGCAAGCCGCAAAAAACAAGGAAUUGCCAGCUCGACCAGGCAGUGCAGACGACCCAGAUGUCACGUCGGAAAUAGCAACUUCAAAUGGGUCGACACAUGCCAAUGUAGAAGAUGACAAUCAGCAGGUGCAGCAGCGUCAACAAGACGUAAGAUAUCCUAGUGACAGCUCUCAAGAAACGUCACGAUCAGCGAGAUUGACAGCAGAGCAACCUUCACUGCACUCGGCUUUCUCACGCUCCCCACGUUCUCCGGCGAGACUUCGAGCCACGGAUGAAUAUACCACGGAGCCCAAUCGCACAAUACAGCCGUUGGCCGCACGUCACCCUGUAUCACCGGCGAAGCCCCAACAUGAUCGUCAUGAUCCAAACGAUCGAGGCACCGAGUCUUACCACUCCGGAUCUUGGAGGGGCUCGAGGGAGAGUGGUGCUGGGCACUAUAGAAAUGAAAGUCAAAAUUCUUGGUUGGAUCCUAUUGACGAGUCAGGUGGAUCGACGGGAAGAACGUCAUCCUUACACUCGAGAGGCUCGUCUGUGUUUCAUCGAGGUCACAUUCGCAGCAUCAGCGGCAACACAGAGGCGGAGUUCGACACAGCUUUGGAUGCGGCCAUUGAAGCUGCAUACGACGAUGGAUACGAACCCAUGGAAUCGCCCAAGUACGAUAGCAUUGACCACACCGAAGAGAUUGUGACAAAGGCGCUCCGGAAGGUCGAGGCUGCUCGAGAGCGUGUCAGACAAACGGAGCGAGAAGCGUACCCAGAGGAGUACCAAGGCAAACGAGCCGGAAAGCCAAGUAAGGGAAUUUCUGGAGGGUUUUAUGAAGAUUUGUCUUCAGACGAGGAGGAAAGACUUUUGGAAGAAAUGACCCGUGACUAUAACAUUGAAGAUUUUAUGAUGAACGAAGAACAAAAGCUGGGUACCGCCCAACCAGGGAAACCUCCCGGUCAAGACCCACGAGGCUGGGUGAAGGAAAAGGAAAAAACUAAAGUACCAAACACACGAUCGCUGGCCGCCACUGUCGACAGAUCGACCGUACUGCCAUCGCAUCCGGUCCCCAAGAGUCUGCAACCGUCUGCGCCGCCGCCGAAGCAAUCGUUGCCUGAACUGCCUUUAACUCGAGCGCAAUCUCCCGGGCAGACAGUUCGCAAUCGCAGGUUGUCCGGUCAAAACCCAAAGCAGCUCAAAAUCCAGACGACACAGCUCCGACCGCCAACCGCUACCAGCUUUGAAGACUUGUCACAAGUGAAGUCUAUCUCGACGCCCGACAUCCCCCCCGAAGUAACUGUCCCGGACAGACCUCAGACCAGCCGAUCGGCCAGAAAGCUCACACCACCUAGUCCAGAUGUACCAGCGACCGAGCCCAAGAUGCUAGGGUCGCCACCGCACCAACGCGGCCAGGUAGAUGUUGAUGAAAACACUGCAGCUCGGUCCGGCUCACCGACUGUAAGCAGGCUUCGGAAGAACUUUUCGUCUUCGAGCUUGCGCAGUUUGAAGAGUCGCAACAUGUCGCUUUCUAAUCUUGACGACGCAUCCGACAUGUCCCCCGGAACCCCUUCAAGCAAUCAUUUUGGGAGUGCUAGGACUCCUGCCAUGCCUGCGAUUCCCGGGUCACUUGCAAUGUCCCUACGCGAGCAAAUGGACUUGGUUUCUCCAGGGAGCCUAUAUCUCUUUGAGGACAACAUUCACUUGCCGGCUACCCCUGGUUCGCCUAACCCCAUGGUUCUGGAUCCUCCCGUGGCCCUUGAACCCUGUCCAAAUGAUGUGAUGCUGCGGCCGUUUUGGCUCAUGCGGUGCCUUUAUCAGACAUUGGCGCACCCACGAGGAGGCUACCUGAGCACGAAGCUGUUUGUUCCCCGGGACGUUUGGAAAGUGAAGGGCGCCAAGCUUAAGAAUGUGGAGGACAAGAUUUCAAAUUGUGACUACCUCACGGCGGCCCUCCUGAAACUUGCAAAGGUAGACACAUGCGAUGCGGAUGCCGUACUAGAUGAAAUGCAGUCGCUGGAAGGUGUCUUGGAACAGGUGCAAACCGCACUUAACCGCAAACUCGGAAAUGAUGUGGGCGUGCAGGGCUCAGGGGGGUUGUUCAAAGAAGCGUCGAAUGUUGUCGAAGGGGAUGGAGCACCCCCUGUGCCACGGACUGCAAGCGUGUCCGGCAAGUCAUCGUCCUUCUCUUGGAGACGACUUCGACCCAAGAACUCCAACAUGGGACUGAGUGGAGCUUACAACAGCCGGAUGAGCGGAGGAGAAGGCCAUAAGGAAUCGGCAACGAUGCCAACACUGCCCAUGACACCGCAGCCUACAAGCCGGCCUCCGAAGCGUGAUCUCAGCCAGGCCCAAUUCGUCGGUCCCAACGCGCACUACAUGAGCUCGCUUGCUCGUUUGUUUGAUGCAGCGCAAGCCAUUGAUCAAAUCGCGCGGCAGGUUGAUGACCCAGGACUGCGGCAUGCGGACAAGACGCAGGUGGGGCUUGAACUUUGCACCCGACAUGCUGCGGAGUUUUUCGGCUUUUACAUUUGCAGGUCCGCCCUCUUCGAGCAACAACCCAUCCUCCGCCGCGCAUUCGCUUCGACAGCAAAACCAACGCCAGCCAAGCUUGAAGCACGAAUUGCGGCCAUUCCCAUUGAGCGCUAUCGAAAUUUCUGCAUCGUGGCACAUAUUGACCAUGGCAAGAGCACCCUGAGUGAUCGAUUGUUGGAGCAUACGGGCACAAUCUCGCCGAGUGAUGCAAAUAAGCAAAUUUUGGACAAACUGGACGUCGAGCGCGAACGCGGAAUUACAGUCAAGGCGCAAACAUGCACAAUGCUGUACAAAUAUCGCGGAGAGGACUAUUUGCUUCAUUUGGUUGAUACACCUGGCCACGUCGAUUUCCGCGCCGAAGUGACUCGAUCAUAUGCCAGUUGUGGCGGAGCCCUGCUUCUUAUUGAUGCAAGUCAGGGCAUUCAAGCGCAGACCGUGUCGAAUUUUCAUCUUGCCUUCGCGCAGGACCUGGCUCUUGUUCCCGUCAUUAAUAAGAUCGACAUGCCUUCGGCAGACGUUCCCCGAGUCUUGGAACAGAUGGAAACUACCUUUGAAUUGGAUCCCAAGGAUGCUGUGCUAGUAAGCGCCAAGACAGGCAAAGGAGUCCCGGAGAUUUUACCGGCUGUGAUUGAAAAAAUACCCCAUCCUAUUGGCGACGAAAACUUGCCGCUCAAGUUCCUGCUUGUGGAUUCGUGGUAUGACAAUUUCCGGGGCGUGGUCCUACUCGUACGAGUAUUCGAUGGCACGAUCCGGGCUGGGGAUAAUGUGGUUUCUAUGGGCACGGGCAUGAAGUACACAGUCGGGCAGGUCGGCAUACAGUACCCCGAUGGAACGCCACAGAAAGUCCUUCGAGCCGGUCAAGUUGGCUACGUGUAUUUUAACCCGGGCAUGAAGAGAAUCCAGGAUGCCAAGCUCGGUGAUACCUUUACGACGGUUGGCUGCGAAAAUGCGGUUGAACCUUGUCCGGGCUUUGAAGAACCCAAGCCCAUGGUUUUUGUGGCCGCAUUCCCUACCGACCAAAGUGACUAUACUCGUCUGGCGGACAGCAUCAAUCAGCUUGUGCUGAAUGACCGAAGUGUCACAUUACAAAAGGACUUCUCAGAGGCUCUGGGGUCGGGUUGGCGGUUAGGAUUUCUCGGCAGUUUACAUUGUUCAGUAUUUCAGGAUCGCCUGAAGCAAGAGCAUGGCCGGAGCAUCAUUAUUACUGAGCCUACUGUCCCAACAAAAGUCAUUUGGCCGGAUGGAUCAGAAGAGAUUAUUCAGAACCCGGCCUUGUUUCCAGACGCAACUGACCACCGCAUUCGAAUGUCCCAAACACUUGAACCAUACGUCAAGGCAACCAUGACGCUCCCGCACGAAUAUCUCGGACGGGUAAUUGAACUUUGUGAAGCAAACCGCGGCGAACAGCAGAGUCUAGAGUUCUUUCACACAACGCAGGUUAUCUUGGUGUACAACAUACCAUCCGCGCAGCUGGUGGAAGACUUUUUUGGCAAGCUGAAGGGCGCUACCAAGGGAUAUGCCACGCUGGACUAUGAAGACGCCGGCUGGCGGGAGAGCAAACUCGCCAAGAUCCAACUCCUCGUCAACAAGCAGCCCGUCGACGCAAUCUGCCGUGUUGUACACGGCUCGCAGGCCGACCGCAUUGGCAGACGAUGGGUCACCAAGUUCAGGCAGCAUGUCGACAGGCAAAUGUUUGAGGUCGUUAUCCAAGCAGCAGUCGGCAACAAGAUUAUAGCCCGCGAAACAAUCAAGCCGUUCCGCAAGGACGUCCUCGCCAAACUGCACGCCAGCGACAUCACGCGGCGGAGGAAGCUGCUCGAGAAGCAAAAGGAAGGUCGAAAGAGGCUACGAGCCGUCGGCAAUGUCGUUAUCGACCAGGAGGCAUUUCAGAGCUUCCUGUCAAAGUAA